AUGGAGGUCCAGCUUACCGACUACGAGAUCGCCGCUUUCUCUGUCUUCAUCGUCCUCCUUACGCGGGCAAUCAUGACGCUUGGGUUGAACUUCUACCUGCCUAUCUCGAAGGUCGACGAGAAUAUGCACCGAGCACACCGCCGCGACGCCAUCAACACCCAGAAGUUCUACUUCCGCAAGAACGUCUUCGACCCCAAGCCUGGCCACCCCUGCGACCCUUCUCUCGACGCCGCCGAGCCUCAGCCCGUCCCAUCUACCUCUGAUGAUGCCACCCUCCCCUCCGCAUCGGCAUUCGGUCGCGGACGAACCAACGGCUUCACUGCGCACGUCCGCAAUGCCUCUGUCGCUUCUUCCGACUACCCCGCCUCUCCGACUGUCUGUUCUUCGCACGCUCCCUCUCGCUCCGCUUCACCCACGCCCGACAUUGCUUUCGGACCAGUCGAGGACGAGUAUGACGAGUUCUCGAUCAACGAGAUCAUCAACGGCUCGAAGGAGACGGGCUUCCCUGCGUUGAUUGGGGUCGUGGAGCGGUACCUCGACGGGCUGGAGAAGGAGGGCUCGCUCAUCACCCUCGCGACCUACAUCCGGCGCUUCGUCCGCUCGCACCCGUCCUACGCGCACGACUCGGUUGUUUCGCAAGAGAUCAACUACGACCUGAUCCGCGCACUCGACGGGAUCGAGCAGGGCAAGCGGCCUGCUCCUGAGCUCUUGCCCGAGGGAUGGCGGACAGGCUACAACGAGGACAAGAAGGGCAAGGGCGCAUUCGGGAGGUGUUGCGGAGACGUUGUAGGCGAUGUUGCGGCGGAUGAUGCACAGAGCGAGGGCAGCGAGGGCUUGAGUGCGGGCGCGGCGGUCAUCGAGGACAAGGGGUUGUGCUGUGGGCCUAUGGAGCCUGGGCCGGCGGCCAAGGAGGCAUAG